UGCGGUUGGGUGUGCUUUCAGGCCAGCAGCAAUGAAGCAGUGCUUUUACAAUGAGACUGUGGGGUUCUUCUACAACAACAGCCGCAAAGAGCUGACCACGUACUGGAGGACAAAGGAUGUCCUGGUGGUUGCCCUCGGCCUGACGGUGAGUGUCAUUGUGCUCCUGACCAACCUGCUGGUCAUCACCGCUAUCAUCAUCAACCGCCGCUUCCACUACCCCAUCUACUACCUGCUAGGGAACUUGGCAGCUGCAGACCUCUUUGCUGGCAUCGCUUACAUGUUCCUCAUGUUCCACACGGGGCCCAGGACAGCAGAGCUCUCCCUGAAGACCUGGUUCAUCCGUCAGAGCCUGCUGGACACCAGUUUGACAGCCUCUGUGGUGAACCUGCUUGCAAUCGCUGUGGAAAGGCACCAGACUGUGUUCACUAUGCAGUUACACAGCAAAAUGUCCAACCAGCGUGUGAUGAUCCUCAUCUUCUGUAUCUGGGUCACAGCCCUGCUCCUAGGGCUCAUCCCGUCCUAUGGCUGGCACUGCCUCUGUGCACUGGACAAGUGCUCCAGCAUGGCACCGCUCUACAGCAGGAGCUACCUGACCUUCUGGGCCAUCUCCAACCUGGUCAUCUUCCUGAUCAUGGUGGUUGUGUACACGCACAUCUUCAUCUAUGUCAAAAGGAAGAUGACCCGGAUGUCCAAGCACACGAGCUUCCACCCGCGCUACAAGGAGACCAUGAUCAGCCUGGUCAAGACGGUCACUAUCAUCCUAAGUGCUUUUGUUAUCUGCUGGACUCCAGGACAAGUUGUGCUCCUCCUGGAUGGCCUGGGCUGCAAGAGCUGCAACGUUCUAGCAGUGGAGAAGUAUGUCCUGCUGCUGGCAGAGAUCAACUCCUUGAUAAAUGCCAUCGUCUACUCCUACAGGGACAGUGAGAUGAGAAGCACCUUCCGGAGGAUCCUCUGCUUUGUGUGUUACAGGAAUUCCAAAUACACCCCCACGGUGGUGAAGUUGAACACCACAGACCGUAGGACACUGUCUCAGAACGGGCACUUCACGGUGGAUUCCUCUAUUUAG